GGAAACUAACCAACUCCAAUUUGCCCCAGUUUCCGGAGAACCUCCACAAGAACCAGUUAUUUCUAAAAAAUCAGGUCAUGUAUUCGAGAAAGAUUUAAUUCUUAAGUAUAUCGCUGCAAAUGGCAAAGACCCAGUUACAGGGGAAGAAAUCACCGAAGAGGAUUUGUUGGAGCUUAAAAUAGGUCCGAAGACAGUCAAACCUCGCCCGGCUACUUUAACAUCAAUUCCUUCCUUACUAUCUACUUUCCAGAAAGAAUGGGACAGUUUGAUGCUGGAAACUUAUACCAUCAAACAACAAAAUCAACAAUUACGACAAGAGUUAAGUCAUGCUUUAUAUAUGCAUGAUGCUGCUUGUCGAGUAAUUGCACGAUUAAUAAAAGAGCGCGAUGCUGCACGAGAAGAGCUGGCAAAUGUACAGACUCAUAUUGGUGUGUCUCCUCUAACGGAUGCCGCUGCCCCAGAACCUCAACCAAUGGAAAUAGAAAACGAAGGGGCAAAAGGCAUCAGUGAAAAGGUCAUUGAAAAACUAGAUGAAACCAGUAAAGAACUAUCAAAAGGCCGCAAAAAGAGGAAACCACCACAAAAUCUUACCGGCCUUGAUGAAAUAAGAAAUUUCACACAAAUUUUUCAAAUACCUUCCCUCCACAAAACUACUCGUCCGGGUAUCAAUUGCUUGGAUCUCGAUACUACCGAGCAAUUUGUUUUGACUGGUGGCAAUGAUAAGAUUGUGCAUGUUUAUCAUAAAGAAGAAAACAAAGUCGUGGAUUCGUUAAAAGGGCAUACGAAGAAAAUUACAGAUGUCAUGUGGCAUGGUAGAGAAUCGGGAGAUCUUGAUAUCGUGUUUUCUGCUAGUGCUGAUAAAACUGUAAAGAUAUGGCGACCUUCUGAUAAUGGGUAUUCCGAGAGUAAGAGUAUAAAUGUUCACACUCACGAGGUAACAGGAAUUGCGAUGCAUGCCACAAGAGACUAUUUUGUGUCUGUGUCACUUGAUUCAUCUUGGGCUUUUCAUGACAUUGAAACUGGAAAUAACUUAAUCAAAGUUGAAAGUAACGACGUACAAAAAGGCUAUUCUGCUGUUGAGUUUCAUCCUGACGGACUUAUCCUGGGAACUGGUACAAAAGAUUCUGUAGUUCGGAUUUGGGAUAUAAAGAGUCAAUCAAAUGUUGCCUCGUUCCAUGGUCACUCUGGUCGUAUCACAUCAUUAUCGUUCUCUGAGAAUGGCUAUCACCUUGUCACUGCCUCAGAGGAUAAUCUUGUCAAAUUGUGGGAUUUACGAAAGCUCAAUAAUUUCAAAACCAUUACUUUACCUGAUACGGUGAAAUCAAUCAAUAAAGUUAUUUGGGAUUUUAGUGGUCAAUAUUUGGCCGUCGGUAGCACGGAUCUUAGAAUAUUCCAAGCGAAAACGUGGAAUGAACUUGCGGUUAUCACUGGAACCCCCGGUGAAAUUUUUGAUCUAAAGUUUGGCGGAUUAGCAAAAUUCAUUAUGAUUGGUGGAUCGGAUCGUAGCCUACGAGUCUAUGUUAUCGACUUUUACUUGAUUAAACGAUACUUUAGAGAAAAUGCCACCAAAAAGCGAAAAUCAUUGUUACCUAGACUCUCUUUGAAACUUGAUUUAGAUGAGAAACCGCCUUUAAUAAUUGGAUUUUUUCAUCCUUACUGUAAUGCUGGAGGUGGAGGAGAAAGGGUGUUGUGGACCACAAUAUAUAACAUACAACAACAAGAACGAUAUAAAAAUGUGGCGUGUAUAGUGUACACUGGUGAUACUGAUGUUACGAAAUCUGAAAUAUUAGAUAAAGUUAAAUUACGUUUUAAUAUUUCAUUAAAUCCGGAUGCUUUAGCCUUCGUAUAUUUAUAUAAAAGGCAUUGGAUUGAGGAUAGUAGAUAUCCCCGAUUUACUUUACUUUGCCAAAGCAUCGCCUCAAUUUUUUUGUGCUGGGAAGCGCUAACUAAUCUCGUGCCCGAUAUUUUUUUUGAUACGAUGGGUUACGCGUUCACUUAUCCACUCGUGAAACUGAUCGGAGGGAUUAAAGUUGCCGCGUAUGUACAUUACCCUACUAUAAGUUCAGACAUGCUCAAAAAAGUACAAGAACGACGUCCAGCAUUCAACAAUAAUCAACGAAUAACAAGUAGUAUUGUAUUCAGUUACGGGAAGUUAAUAUACUAUUACGCAUUCGCAUAUCUCUAUGGCUUAUCAGGUGGCCUAUUCACAGAUAUAGUAAUGGUAAAUUCAAGCUGGACCAAAAAUCACAUUGAUCAAAUAUGGAGAAUUGAUAGUCGUGUUGUGUAUCCACCAUGUGAUACUGAUGAAUUGGUAGCAAGGAUAAAAUUCGAGAAUGAAGAGUUGGCACGUGAACGCGUUGUUGAAAAUGUCCUUUUUGAAAUUAAUGCGCCAUUUUCAAAAUUGGUGGAUUGGCUUUCUUGUGGGCUGAUUGGGAUACAUACAAUGUGGAAUGAACAUUUUGGGAUUGGAGUGGUAGAAUAUAUGGCCGCUGGCCUCAUAACCAUCGCUCAUAAUUCAGGGGGACCAAAAAUGGACAUUGUAGUAGACCACAAUGGAUCCAAAACAGGAUUUCUCGCAACAGAUCCACAAACAUAUGCUGACGCACUUUACACAAUCUUCACACUAUCACAAAACGAGUACAACACUAUACGCGUAAAUGCCAGAAAUCAUGUGGUUAACAAGUUUUCCGUGAAUAUGUUUGAUGAGAAUGUUUCUGAUUUGUUGAGAGAAUUGCUAGUGUAG